AUGAGAUGGAUUUCUCAGAGGAAAUUUCCAGUGUCUAGAAAUUAUAUUCCAUUGUCGUCGUCGGGUUUGCGCUACCACUUUAAAGGCAACUACACCAGUUAUUAUUUGAUCUUCACCACGAAGCACCUUGCAUACAACAUUGGGAAUCCACAAUCAGAUCCUUUAAAUAUCAUCUCAAGCACGUGAGGAGCAACGAAGGCAUAGUUAAGAUUGUCAAAACCUAAUGACAAAUUACAGUAUUCCUCUCAUUUAACUCUGCAAAAUGGAACAAUAGUUUGGAUAGCCUCUGAUGAAGGCAUCGUUGGAAAAGAAAUGGCAGACUUGAAUACCAAGGAGCACCCUAUCACUAAGUCACCUCUAUCCCAUAUCAAGAACUUGUACACCAUGAGAAAACCAACAUCAAGAAUGAAUGGAACGUUAAGUCAAAUCUAUGAACAUUAAGUCAAACGAAGAUCCAUAACAUAGUAAAGAGACUUCUAGCAAGAGAUUUUUUUAGGAGACCAAUCAAAAGAAGAAAAAAUUAUGCUGGUUUGAUUCAGAGAACACAUGAAAGUAGAAGAAAACUGAUCAUUCUAUUUCUGCAAUAGAUAUUGCAACUCAACACAUUCUAUGAAUACACAAACUUUGAAUGACAGAGAAGACUUCAUAGAAUUAAUCCCAUCACUGCCCUGACUUCCCAAGAUCAAUUGAAGAGGAUACUUGAUAGAUAUAAAUCUAUACUACAAAAUAUAAGUACCAUAGAUGACAACUCUAGAUGGUCAAAGAGAAAAAUUUGAUUGACUCUCUCAAUAGUCAUCAAACUGGACUACUUGUGUCUCGUGUUUAUGGAAGUUUUGGUCAAUAGGAGUUGUUAUAUUUGAUUGUAUUUGGUCUCUAAAUAACCAUCGCAACACAUGUUACACAACACAGUACUUUCUUGCUUACACAAUGUAUUUUCCUGGUAGCUUGUAAUUGCUAUUUAUUCACUAUUUCAUUAAUUUAAGAGUGUCUUAAGGGUAUUCGCCGGAAGAAAACCGAUGAAAGAAAAUGCUAAAAAUAGCUUCAGAGCCUGAAACAAAAAUAAAAUACAAACAUAUGUAAUAUAUUAUGUUAUGUUAAUAAUCAUACUGAACAAACACUCCAACGAUAAAAUUAUGCAAAUCGGCCAACAUAUCAAUAAUCAGCAAAUUCAUUCAAGAAUCCCUCAGGCAUAAACCAAAUCACAGGUGCUCAAAGCCAUGUGGUUACAUAAACUAAUGUAACUCUUCAAUUAAGUUAAUUGUAAAAAUAAUUAAUAAUAAAUUUACUAUUAUUUAUUAAUUUAUUAAUCAUAUAAAUUAUUUAUUAUAAGCUUAUAAAUUUAUUAUAAAAGUAAUUGACAAUUAAUAAACGAAAUGUAC